GUUGACAGUGCUGAAGAGGAAAUACUGAAGACUUGUUGGAAGAAUGUGUUAAAGAAUAAAUUUCAGCCUGAAUUAAGAACCUAAGGAGAGGUCUGCUAUAGCAAUCCUGAAGAGAGCUGCUUCUGAACUGCACUGAACUUCAGAAAUCACUGGAAGUGAAGAAUACUUCGGAUAAGCAUACCAGGAAGAGGAGCACAUUCAUUGAAGUACAUGCCAUAGACUACUGACAGAGCAUCUAGCUUGAAGCACAGGGAAGUCCUCAGCUUAAGUCUGUUUAACUCUACUAACAAGGUAAAACAGAAUGGAGAACAAACAGCAAAGCAACAGUGAGAUGAAAGAAAAUAAGGCAGUGAAGAAAAAAACGAAUUGGUCUGGGAGUCUUAUUGUAGCCUCUUUAACUGGUGCUUUUGGGUCGUCCUUUCUUUAUGGUUACAAUCUCUCAGUGGUGAACGCUCCUGCAGUGUAUAUCAAGAAGUUUUACAAUGAAACUUGGGAAAGAAGAUAUGGCUUCUCAGUGGAUGAAAGCACACUGACUCUUCUUUGGUCCAUAACUGUUUCUAUUUUUGCCAUUGGUGGCCUCGUGGGUGCCAUUAUAGUUACUCCAAUUGUGAAGUUCUUCGGACGGAAAUGUACGUUGCUGCUCAAUAAUGUAUUUGCGGUGACAGCUGCAUUGUUGAUGUCCUUCUCCUUGUUGGCAGGAUCAUUUGAAAUGCUCAUAUUGGGCCGCAUUAUAAUGGGUGUUGAUGCAGGCAUUUCUCUGAGUGCCCUUCCCAUGUAUUUGAGUGAAAUAUCUCCUAAGGAAAUCCGUGGUUCACUGGGUCAGGUCACAGCGAUUUUCAUCUGUGUUGGUGUUUUUACUGGUCAAGUUUUGGGACUGCCAGAAAUAUUUGGACAAGAAUCUCGGUGGCCGUACUUAUUUGGAGCAAUCAUUGUUCCUUCAUUGAUACAAGUUGUGAUUCUGCCUUUUCUUCCUGAGAGUCCUCGGUACCUCCUCCUUGAAAAACAUAACACAAGCAAGGCAGAAAAAGCAUUUCAGACCUUCCUUGGGAAAGAUGAUGUGUCUCAUGAAGUAGAAGAAGUUUUGGCAGAGUCUCGAGUCCAAAGAAACACCAAGUUAGUGUCAAUACUUCAGCUCCUGAGAACCCGCGCUGUGCGAUGGCAGGUUAUUACUGUGGUCGUCACCAUGGGCUGCUACCAGCUCUGUGGGCUAAAUGCUAUCUGGUACUACACAAACAGCAUCUUUAGUGAAGCUGGGAUCAAUCAUGAAACAAUCCCCUAUGUUACUCUAAGUACUGGUGCUGUUGAGACUGUGGCUGCUGUUUUUUCUGGCUUAGUUAUUGAACGGCUUGGACGCAGGCCUCUUCUCAUCGGAGGGUUUGGGUUGAUGGUUGUCUUCUUCGCGGUGCUUACUGUCUCUCUGACUUUGCAGAAAACAGUGCAUUGGCUUCCUUACCUCAGUAUAUUUUGCAUCCUUGCAAUCAUUGCAUCGUUCUGCAUUGGACCAGGUGGGAUUCCGUUUGUCCUCACUGGAGAGUUUUUCCAGCAGUCACAGAGGCCGGCCGCAUUCAUGAUAGCUGGGACAGUCAACUGGCUCUCCAACUUCGCCGUUGGACUGCUCUUCCCUUUCAUUCAGGGUGGUUUACAGACCUACUGCUUCCUAGUGUUUGCUGCCAUCUGCUUUGCAGGAGCUGCCUACCUGUUUUUUGUCCUGCCUGAAACAAAAAAUAAGACAUUUCAUGAGAUCAGCCAGGCAUUCGCCAAAAGGAAUAAAGUGUCCUUAGAAAUGCAAGAAAUUAACCAUUAUCCAGGAGAGAGGAAAUCGAGUGCAGAACAAGAAUCAACCUUCACAUCCUCAGUGAACAAUGGGGAAACCAAAAAAGGGAUUGUGUAAACCCAGGAUGCUGUUUCAGAGGAUGGGGGAAAACAUGCCCUUUUCAUUCAGUAUGUUUAUAGCAGUGCACAACUUGUAUUUUUUUAUGUGACAGCAUGAACUGCUUCCCCCUGAAUAUGUUUUAAGUGUAUAUGGGUAAACUCAUUAGCAGCUAGGGUGGUGAUUGAGGAAAUGAGAGGUGUGAGAAGUGGCAGUUGAUUAAAUAAGAGCCAGAGUUUUCUUGGGCACCCAUGAAAUCGGUGCUGUGGUGAGUGGGGUGGGAAAUAUAGACUCGGAGAAGUAAAGUGGCGGUGGGAAGCUGAGGUUGUGAGCAGCAGCUGGCUGAGCACCCCAUGUGCUCACGGGGAGGUGUGUGUGAAGUCACCAGGGAGGAGGAGGCAGGGAAAAGGGAAGAGAUCCCAGUAGGAGUCUGCUAAGAAUCGAUGCAAGCAAAUCUGAAGUGCUGCUGGCUCCCAGUACAUCACUCAAGUUGCACAUGAGAACUGAAGACUUGAAAGAAGACUCAUGACACUCCCCUGACCUCCCAUUCCUUUUCCAGCUCUUUUGGCUUUCAGUUGUUUUGCCUGAACAUCUCACACCUUCCCACAAAUGGGAAGCUCCCAGUCCUGAUGGGUUUCCUUGUCUCUCCUGCAAAUCCUGAUCAGCUAGUAAUAGAGUUGCCCCUAGUGUCUGGGUUUGCUGGCACUGUAUUUCUGUGGAUAUAUAUAUAUAUAUAUAUUUUUAAUUUUAUUUUUUGAGAAUAGCUAUAGAAGCUUUAUUAUGAAAAGAAAACUAAACCUCAUGGUGAAGUGAGAGAACUCUGAUGGUACGUUGUAGGGUGUAGCAUUAAAAAAAAUCAAACAUCAAAUGUUCCAAGGGCUGGGGUUUUUUGACUGUUUUUUUUUUUGCUUUUAUUUACAAGUACCUUUUAAAACAAGUCUUAGGAGCCAAAAUUUCCCUAGACCCAAUAAAUGUAAUUUCUUAACACUCAGAUCUUUCCAGAAGAAUCUGGGUGCCUAUUUCUUAUUUAAACACUGAUUUCAUUUGGGCAUUAGAUUGAAGAUCCAGGCCUAGCUCACAUUAAUAAGUUUCUAAGCUAUUUAAUGCUUUGCAAAAGUUUCUUUAGAGUCUGCGUAAUUUUUGAUAGAAAGACUCAUCAGGCUGUCGGUGGUUAGGUGAUCCAUUCCCUUCCACAGGGGAUAUUUUUUUUUUAUGAACAUCAUCUUUUGAAUUUAUAAUUUUCGUAAUAGUUUUUCUUGAUUCUUCUAGGUACCUGGAUGCUGAGGGGGUAAUAAGCACUUUUAAAUUUAGUUAGCUUUUUUAUGUAAGUCAAUAAGUCUUAGAGCUGCUCUCAGGAGUAAGGCACAAGAAGCACGUGUAGUGUGUAGGUAGAGCCAGCUUCUUCCACAAGUUAUAUUUACUAAUCAAGAAGUUCAUAUGUUUGAAGCAUUUUGGAAAAAAAGAAACUGUAUAUAUAUUGCGAUAUAUAUAUAUAUAUACA